UCAUUUUGUACAACUGUUUCGGUAAACAUCUAUUUUUUAAAAGUUCCGAAAAAUGAAACAAUAGAAAAAAAUCCCUAAAUUUUCAACCAAGGAAAAACUUCAACAUAUUUCUUCGGCACAAAAAAAAAUAGACAAAGUGAGCCAAACAAAAAAAGUUUCUAAAAUUCAAACUCAAAGAUCAAUUCUGUAAAUUCCGUACAGGAAGCUUCUUUUGUCUUUGAGUUCGCGACAUUUACUAUCCAUCAUGGUUAUGAUCGUUUGCAAGUUCGACCCCUUCUAUGUGGGACCCUGCCCACCGGGCUGUUGCGCAGGACCUUGUGGUCCUUGUGGGCCUUGCUGUGGACCAUGCGGUGGCUGUGGGCCGUGCGGUGGCUGUGGGCCUUGCUGUGGUCCAUGCGGCAGUUGCUGCAGCUCUUGUCCCUGUGGCUGGUGACGAGCUUGCUAGGAUCAUUGCACGCCCAUGCUAGCCGGAAGAUUACUGCCGAAGAAAUAUGUUGCUGUUCGAAAAUAUUAACCUUGGAAAGGUGCUACCAUCUGACACCUUCAGUAACAGCUCAAACGUAAUAAAAUGAAUCUUCAACAAAAA